AUGUCACAACUACCUUCAGCUGCUGGCACGAUGCGCCGCCUCUCCCACGACCCCACAGAGCCCUCGCGCAAUCUCGAAGAAUCCCAUGGCUCGCCCUCCGAUCAAGAAAUGGAAGACGGGCUCGAUCUGUCUAUGCCUCCGCCUGAGAAUGAAGACGAUGACGAAGACGAUCUCUUAGACGAUGACUCGAGAAUCUAUACACCACCUCCCCACAUUGCCGCUCGAUUCUAUCGACCAUCGCAGGCUCGUCGCAGAGAUUCGGCUGCUUCUUCGCGCCGCAACUCGAUCUCCUCCGCACACUCGCGAUGCUCUUCCACUCAACCUUCGAGCCACCGCGGAGGUGAGCAGAGUAAGCAUAUCGCACAACACCUCCGUCGCGCCUCAUUCCUUGAGGACCGAAGGGCCCGGCUCGCCGACCGAGCUGCGCACGCCGAAAAGGUUCGCCUUCGAGCCGCUCUUGCAAAGGCGACUCAUCGAGAUAUUUCACUUUCUGAAGAGCGUUCCAUUGCGGCACAGCAAGCCAGGGAGCGCAACUUGGCAGAGAUCGUCGCCAAUUGCGCGGAAGAGGUAAAAAAGGCGAAGCAGGUUGCCGAAUUCAUGAAAGAGAAACGAGAGCAUGACAUCGCUAAGAUGAAGGCUCAGAUUGAGGAGAGGAUGGCCGAGGCAGAAAGGCGGAAAGAAGAGCUACGAACGAAGAAACUGACCAAGCGAAGUCGCGGGCAGAGUGUUAUGACCAGGAAACCCAUGGACUCUUUGCCUGACAUUGUUCAGCGAGAGAGACGCAAGCCGACACAAGAGGAAGCAGCGAUAAGCAUCCAGUGGUGGUGGCGCGGUUAUCUCAGAAAGAGAGCCAUUGCCGAGUUCAAUGGUCUUGGCUUGACCGUGGAUGGUAUCAGGGAUACACACUUCGAUACUGUCGUAGAACUCCUUGCCCAGGAGAGGGUCCUUGUCAUCACGGCACGGCUACUCCGACUAUGUGGUCUUGAGGAAGGUGAGACGGGAUCGGUUGGCGAGAUGGCAGCCGUUCGUACGUUUCUCAGUGCUUUCUUGAUCCUUGGUCAUCCCAAUCAAGUUCUUAGCAACAAGAACGACAAUGGCGAGAGAGAAGUCGUCGAUGCACUUAACAAUCACCGGCUGCCCUCAACAGACCUUGCAAACCCUCAGCUGCAAGACUUGGUAGGCAAGGCACGGGACCUGCUGAUAACCUACGAAAAUAUUCUUUCUCGCUUGACAUCUGCGAACAAGUACACAAUGCCCCCCGCUCUCAAGAACACACUCCCUGAGGCGUAUGCUACCUUUCACAAUGCAUUCAUCGCAUGGAAGUCUCGGGAUUCAAAUGCUUUGAUCGAGGUGAUGCUCAUGCAGUUUGUUGAACUCGAUGCGAUCUACCACACCGUUAAGGACACAACUGAUGAUGCCGCCACUGCCCUUUACAAGAAGAGUAUCCAGGACAACCAGCUGAUGCUCAUUGUGCGUAUCAAAAAGCUUGCCGGAGCAGAAAAGGGCAAAAAGUUGAUAUUCGACGCUGUAUCCGAAGCUCGCAAAGCUCGCUCCGCCAAGAAGAAGACCGGUGAUACGAAACCCCGUGUGGCUGAGAAUGCGCCAGUUGAAGCUUCCGAGACGGCCAAAAGUCUGGUUUCGUCUGAGUCACAAACACUCACACCACCGGCAACUCCGGCCAGCAAAUCCCAGGAAAAGGCUCCUGCCCCUAAGACGGGUCUCAAUGGCCUACUUCCGAACAACAGAGUCGUGGUUCACGAGCUGGCCAUCAACAAAGAAUAUCAGAUCUCCACCGACGAGUAUAAGGAACUGCAAUCAGAACGCUCAGCGCCUAUAUACAUGGAGAUGCGGGCUACAGUGGACGAUGAUGACAGCCAGAUCAACUUCCAGUUUUUCGCCCUAUUGGCUAGCAACAUCAAGCAGAAGCUUCAACGUUUGCUAAAGCCAGGCAACUCGAUGUAUAACCUCAUUGGCGAGAUCCUGGACCCCGAGAUGGCAGAGAGACAAUUUGUCCUAGGCAACUUCUCGUACGAAAAGUUCUUCACUGCUAUGGCAUCUCUUCUUCCCAAACUCUGUGCUCCUUUCCGUGACGAGGAGGUCAAGGAGCUGGUUCAGAACAAGUUGGCUGACGGCAACAUUAUUGAUCGAGUUGAAGCACUUAAUGGGUUUAUCGAUUUGAUGCUUUGUGACUAUAUCAACUAUCUGAUGCGGAUUGCUGCACCUCAAUUGAUCGAAUCCGCAGCCCCAUAUGAGGCGAAGAGGUUUGCUGAGGAUGUAGAAAAGGGCCAGCUUGGUCUUGCAGCGGCCGAAGCGACAUGGAAAGCCUCGCGAUCAAAGGUUCUAGCAGAGGUCCAGAAGAGGGACCCGGAGGGUUUGAAUCACCCAAGGUCGCGGCCUACAGCUGGACGCUUUUACGCACAGAUGCUUGUUGACAUCUUUACCAAGAUCUCGCCGACUCCUGUUGAGGAGGUGCCUGAAAUGCUUCGUUUGGAUUAUAGCCGCAUCAGCCAAGUCUCCACGACUGUUCAGCGAAUCAUCACCGCUGGCGCAGUCCUGCUACAAUGCAAGAAUCUCCUCAAGCGAGACGUGCGGUCGUCAUGGAAAAUGGAGGCAGCUCGUAUCAUGGCAGUUCUGGAAGCCAAUCAUCCUCUACAGGCUACUGUGGACGGUGUUAUGGCUGCCCUCGAGUCUGGUCGAUCGAUGCCGACGGCGACCAAGGGUCACCUUCGUGCUCUUGUCACCAAGGUUCUGACUGCCAGUCGAGAUAUGGCAGAGAACGGGAGCGAGCCCAGAGAGCCUGUGCUACGACUUUUGCUCACCCGUCUACGAGGCAACAUCCUUGCCCGUUUGGCUGCUGGAUCAGCGAGCGAAAAGGUCAAGGCAGCAAACACGGCUGGCGAGAAGCUGGCCAGUCUUGGACUCUCGGAGUUUGUUGACCGAGUGAGGGAGAUUUCUAAUUUAUUAGAGAAGAUCGGAAAUGUUGACAGGGCUGCUCAUGGGCCUUGGUGGGACGCGGUAGCAACAAAGGUUGAGCAAGAAGAGAUGCCGGCCUAA